AUGUCGCAGCAAGGCACGUUGUCGUCCCACGAGACACCUCAGCGCAAGGCGACCCCGCGCUUCACCGAGGGCGAAAAAAGUGUGCUGAUCUUUUACCCUUCUAGGAAAUUCUACCAAAAAGCUGGAAGCGUUCUUAUACAAACCUACCCACAGCUCCGUGAUCCAUGUGGCAGUGGGCAUGAUUCAUGGGUGGUCAUGAUCCGUCAAAAAUUUAAAAAUGAGCGCCGGAAGCUCAGUUCCAGCAGAGUGACGGAAAGCAGGCAAAAAUUUGGAGCUGCUGCGAAACGGCCCGCAACAUCUGCGGAAAAAAAUCUCACAAAGAAGGGGAAGGUUGGCCAAAAGCUGGCACAGGACUUGCCUCCGUGCUGUGAAGAUCUAGCAAGCAUUGCGGCACAUGAGGCGUGGUUGUUGGCGGAGAUGGGCAAGCCACUGCCUGACAUUGAACAAAUCCGCUGCCGGCUCGAGUUGAGUCACAGCAGCAGAAUAAAACAAUUAAGCCAAAUACCUUUUGCCGCAGCGCUGGAAAGAUACCCUUACCUGAUGGACAUUGAAUGGUUUCUCCAUGAUUUCAAUUCUCUCAUUAAGAAGGAUGGAGAGAAAGCCAUCGAACAUGGUUUCAGCCAGGUCAUGGGACUGGCUGUGGGAGGUGCUCUUGGGGCACGCAAGAAAGACGUAGGCCCCUUACUCGAAGUGUUUGACCCAGCAAUGAGUCCACGACGUAAGAAACAUAUCCAGACUGUGCGCACAUUGUGUCUGCUGGCAAGACUACUCAAUCAACCUACAUCAGUGGAGGCAUUGUUUGUGCCCAUGGAGCAGGAUAAGCCGCAAACUCCAUGCAUAAUUUACUCCGGCUCAUCUGCUGAAGAGGCCGUAGACAUGUUUUUGUCAGUGGAAGGCGUCAAAAUGACAAGAGUCAUUGAUGCCACUCAGGGCAUAACAGCCAUUAUGGCAGCCUAUUGGCUGUUCGAUGUCAGCUAUGCGCCGUUGACGCAGAACGUGUGCUGUUUAUUUGAGCACUUGUUUUUGGACAUAACAGUGACCAAACCAAAGUGCGUUGUACAGAGAUUCAUUGCCACCCAAAAGAUGGCUGUAUUCCCUGCGGCCAUGGAUGUAUGA